UUAAUGUGAAUAACUUGACACAUGUGCAUCAGACACUGGCGAAGAGGUUUUAGAAGUACAGAACACUUUAUUUUACCUAUUUUCGUGUAAACUAACAGAGCCUCAUUAGUUUUACUCUAUAAUGUAGAACAACUAGCUAACUUUAGCUUAACUUAAAGAAGACAACGGGCACGGACAGUUGCACGUCUCACCACCGCUCCUCUGUUAUUGGACUUUACCACAGAAAAUGUGUGGAUAAUGAAGGAUCAGUUCUUUGUCAGUCGCUCUGUAGCUAAAGGACCAAAGUAAAGUAUGUCUAAAUGUGCGUCUGGUCACUCUUAAAUGACCAUGCCGAGCCAAACGACGUCCCCGCCGCUGACAGUGACUGUGCUGGCCGCGCUGUGGGUGACUUUGGGUCGGUGCGGUGUCUCCGAGUCUCCGUGGCCAGGAUGUGACAAUGGAAAGCUGUCUUUGGAUAGGGACCUGCCUGCGGUUUAUUGGGACUGUCCAGGGUCUGUCUGGCCAGAGUCUACUCAGAGACUUCCCAGUGUUGACACAGUGUAUGAUCCUGUGCCAGCCAGGCAGAUCUGCAUGGAUACAUCUAUUUCUUACAACCAUACCAUUCCCAACAGUGGAGCCUACAGACCAGUGAUGGCAGAGAGUGGAGAGUACUUGUAUUGUCCUCCUCAACGAUGGCUCCAUAACUUGCAUCAUGGAGCCACUGUUUUGCUGUACCAUCCCUGUGCGCCGCACCACGAGCGUCUCCUUCUGUCAGUCCUGGCCCGCUCCUGUCUGCCAGACUACAUCAUUACCUCAAAUCCACAGCUCAGCGAACACAUGCCAAUAGCCUUGGUGUCAUGGGGUCACACCUUGGAGCUGUCCACCGUCGCCUCCUCAGACAUCUGUGAUUGGCUGGAGACCACGGCAUCCACAGGAAAUGAGUUUGAUGGUGUGCGCCAGAGCAGGAAGUACAACCUGCUGUUAACCUGGUCAGCCGAGCAGCACCGACAGCAACAUGCACACCCAGGGCGACACUCAAAAAUGAAGGAGUCUCUGAAGAGAUGCUGUGAGCAGACCAUCUCUUCUCUGCUGAAUGGAGCAAUGGAGACAGAGCUCGAGUCCAACAUGAAGAAGGAAAGCUUGAAAAUAAUAACAGAGGAAGGCAAGCGCAGGCAGAAAAGAGCUGCCAUUAGAGAAAAACAGGAGAAGGCUGAGGAUGAGACAACACACCAGACCAACAGAACCUCCAUCAGCAGGACAGUAGAUGUUAAGAUCUACACCAGCACACUUGGACCAUCAGCAGAUUCUCCUCCCGGGAACAAGACUCUCUCAGAUCCUCCAGGUCCCGGGGAAGCUCCUUCUCAGUCUAAUAUCCAAAAUACAAAUCAGGGCCUUACACCCAGGCCCUCAACUCCUUUACGAUCAAAUAUGUCUAAAACUACACGUCGAAGUUAUUCUUUAGGAUUCAGGGCUCCUGAGUCUCACAAAAGCAGGCAAACCCUACAGACAGCAGCACAACAGCCCGGUCCUAAACAUGCUGAGCCCAGAAACCCAAACCCCUCUGUUGGGCUGCAUGUUGCUCCAGAUGGUGGAAACAGUGAGCGUAACGAUACUGCCAGGCCCAAAGCCGUGGCCUUCAGUUCCAAACAAGAAGGUCCAGACUCAGCCAAACACAGAGACAAAGACUCCGUUACACACAGCCUGAGAGUAGACGUUAAAGAGAGAGAGUUGGAAGACAAGCGAACACAAAGCCACACACCGCCUCAACACAAGAGUGAAAAGAUUGGCUUUGUUUCCAAAUCACAGUCUCCGCCCCAGCCGAACCCACAGCCAUCCGGUUACCUGUCCAACAGCCACGAGUGUGACGGCUGCAAAGCAGACGAGCACUGUGAAUGCAACAAGGAAUCGGGGGCCUCGGACGCUGUUGUACACAAGGGGCUGCCGAUGACCCCCAGGACAGACGAGGCGGUGUGGGCAGCAGCAGCUCUGGGCUUCCUGCUGAUUCUCCUGACCCUGUCGGUGCUUCACACUCGCCUGUACCGCCACUGGAGGACCUCGCCCAGUCUCUACUGGCACGACCCACAGGGGGACUACGACAGUGUGGCAGAUGUGAUCCGCAGGAGGCUACGAAUUACAAACAGGAGGCGGAAAAGAGGCCGACGACAGGAGUGUGUUCUUCUGCCCAGCUCCUCCAGCUCAGAUGAACAUCCAUAGAAAAAGGAAGGAAACGUCCCUAAUAAUGCACCCAAGUCUCAUCGCAUGUAGAGGAGGUGAAGAGUGGAACAUCUUUGCAACAGCUUGCCUGACGAUGAAAUAGACUGCGAGAGACAAUUUAACCUUGGGUUGUGCAACUCAUCAUCCGGGCAGCAUUCUAAAGACUAACGCUGUAUACAGCCUUAUAGAGCUUACAGUAUGUGUGGUGCCUUAUGAGUAUCUGUCGUGUAUCUUUGCUGUUUAUCUGACGGAGCCGCUAUCAAAAGUGUCUGGAUAACCUGAUGCUGAUGCUGAAAUGCCACAUGGAUCAGAGAGAGUGUCCGUCGUAAACGAAACAUUCAGUAGUUCAAAAGUACAGUCCCCAAGUGAGAAGCAUUAAAGCACAUUUACAAAAGAGGCUAGUGUACAUUGAUGUAAGCUCACACAACUCUAUGCAGUCAUGUGGUUCAGGAUCAUUUGACCCCCUCAGGAAAUCCCUACAAACAUUACAUUAAAGAGUCCAAAGAGAUGUUCCCCGACACAUCACACAUACUUCUUAUUCUGCUCACUCCAAUGUAUUACAAUCAAUAUUAAGUCUCCAGUUCUGCUUUUGUCAAUGUUUCUGUUUUUAUAAAUAUUGUAAUAGUAAUAUCAUGUUGUUUUUAUCUGUGAAGGUUUAUGAUGUGAAUAUGCAAGUUGCUGUUCUAAGCAACACUCGUUGUUAAAUGGUACAAACAUGUGAGCAACUGUAUUUUGAAGACGGUUUUAAACAGACUUUAGAGAAGGAUUUUCAAAGACAAUAAAUUCCUUCAGUUGUUGA